AUGGCCAUUGGACGAUUACAGUCACCUGUCGGGUUGGAAGAUACUCAAAUGCCAAAGACUACUGGACAAAGGAUACGGGCAAAAGAUGGAAAACCAAGGCAUCUAGAGGAAAACUCGGGCACUGGGCUAUUAAAUGUGAAGGAAGAGGAUGAGACAGAUGACAUGAAUAGUCAUCAGACUGAAAUACAUUGCUCCCUCCCUGCCGAUGAAGAUAACGCUGAUAUAGUGAAAGUUGGGAUAAAAGAAGAUCUGUUUGUGAGACGUCAGCUGGGAGCGACGGAUAUGGAAACCAGUGACAGUAUCAGCCCAGGUGAAUUCACAAACUACAAUAAUCCAAGUCACUGUCAGAGUGCAUAUGCUAAAUUAAAUCUUCAAAAUCAAAGAAGGCACGAGGGAAACUUAUGUUCAGAAUUUGGGAAAUGUUUUACUCGAAAAUCACAUCUUAUUAGUCAUCAAAAAAUUCAUAUAGGGGAAAAAGGGUUUCUGUGUUCUGAAUGUGGGAAAUGUUUUACUCGGAAAGCAACUCUUAAUGAUCAUCAGAAGAUUCAUACAGGAGAGAAAGCAUUUUCCUGUUCUGAAUGUGGGAAAUGUUUUACUAAUAAAUUAACUCUUAUUAGGCAUCAGACAACUCAUACAGGGGAAAAAAAAAUUCUGUGUUCUCAAUGUGGAAAAUGUUUUGCUCAGAAAACAACUCUUAAUGAUCAUCAGAAGAUUCAUACAGGCGAGAAAGCAUUUUCUUGUUCUGAAUGUGGGAAAUGUUUUACAAAGAAAUCAGCUCUUACGAGGCAUCAAAAAGUUCAUACAGGGGAAAAAGGGUUUCCAUGCUCUGAAUGUAGGAAAUGUUUUACUCAGGAAUCAGCUCUUAUUAGUCAUCAUAAAAUUCAUACAGGAGAGAAAGAAUACUCAUGUUCUGAUUGUGGAAAAUGUUUUACUCAGAAAUCUGAUCUUAUUAGGCAUCUGAAAUUUCAUACAGGGAAAAAUAUAUUUCCAUGUUCUGAAUGUGGAAAAAAUUUUGCUCGGAAAACAACUCUUAAUGAUCAUCAGAAGAUUCAUACAGGGGAAAGGGAUUUUUCAUGUUCUGAAUGUGGGAAAUGUUUUACUCAGAAAUCAACUCUUUUUAGGCAUCAGAAAAUUCAUACAGGAGAGAAAAGCUUUUCAUGUUCUGAAUGUGGGAAAUGUUUUACUCAGAUAUCAGAUCUUAUUAGGCAUCAGAACAUUCAUACAGGGGAAAAAGGAUAUACGUGUUCUGAAUGUGGGAAAUGUUUUGCUCAGAAAACAACUCUUAAUGAUCAUCUGAAGAUCCAUACAGGAGAGAAAGGAUUUACAUGUUCUGAAUGUGGGAAAUGUUUUAUUCAAAAGUCAACUCUUAUUAAGCACCAGAAAAUUCAUAUUAAAAUAAAUUAGAUUCUAGAGAUCUCCAUUCUAUCUGAAUUCUGAGAGACCUCUCCCUGGUGAGACGCUGGUCCUAUGUUACUUAUUGUUGGUUAUCUUGCAGCAAGCACAAGCCUCUCUCCUACCAUUUCCCACUGAGGUUCUCUCAGUGGGUCAUAUCCCAUCUCCCUGUCCCGGCAUCGUCAUUAGUUGACAAACUACCCCAGGAGAGAGGCUACCUAAAGUUUCUUAAAUUGCUCUCUCACAGAAUAUGCUGGAUUACAAGAUGCCCUAGAGGAGUGGGGGGGGGCCGGGAGGAGACGAGAGCUGUAAAAGUACAAACUCCAAUAACGUUCAUGACUAAGUAAAGUGCAUCUCUCAAUUCAACGCCAAAUACAGUAGCUUUGACUGCAUCAUGUCGCAAUCUCAUAAGAAAAAGCCUAAACAGUUAGGUCAGCCCAGAAGAACACUGGUUGACCACUUCAGAUCUACCCCUAGAGAGGACAGAAGUUCCUCCCCUGAAGACACCCAUUCACUUGAAGAGCAAG